GGCACUCCGGAGUUCUUGUUUCUCGGGUUGGGCCUACGAUCCCACACGUGUUGGAGGGUGAAACGCACGCACAUGACCAGCUGUACAGAGGCUGGGCUGGUGUGGGGCAGUCGACAUCCGACUCCUAUAUUUGUACGAUUGAGACGCCUGGUCACCGAGCCACAAACGGUCGCGAGGCUGAAAUAAUGAAGAAUCGGACGCAGACCUCCUAAUCUGGCGCAAUGACGGAUCAAACAACCACACACUGGACUGUGUCAAGCGGACCUGUCCCAGAUCCCUCUCCACCGCCUCUUGAUGGGGACUUCGAAAGCGCCAUAGAAGACCACCAUAUCUUCUGGGGCCAGAGAACACGACAGGGCCAUUCCAUCACGGCCAAAACUUCCUCUUCACUUUCGCCUUCGCUCGACUGGCAAUUGCAGCUCUCAGCCAACUGGCUCUCUGCCCGUGACUCGAGGCCUUUCACCCUGCCCGAAUUCCCUGCGCAUUUACUUCCGUUCUUCUGUUACAAGGACGCCGCCGUCUACGUAUCAGAAGGUUCUGAUAAUCCAGUCGACCUCUUCGACAGAAUAUACAAGGAAUGGUACCCUUCUCGUGACAGAGAGGUAUUCGAGAAGGGCAUAUUGCGCGGUUGCGGAGCGCCCUUUUUCAGCUCUACCAUGCGCAUGAGGUUCGAAGAACAACCCACUCCACACCCGCCAGCUCUGCUUGAAUCCCUCGUCCGUUGGCACACUGCAUUUGUGUCUCACCUCCAGGAUCUGAUUCCGCGCUUCGAUUUUCUUGCAGAAUCCCAUACCUAUGCAAGGUUGCUGGUGCGCCCUGGGUUGACGCAAGAGCAGCUUGAGACCUUGCCAACUGGUCGGCGGAGACGCAUCGAGUACCCUCCUGUCCUUCGACGUAGUUUUGCCGAGUGUUUUGUCUUUGUUGAGCCGGGUUGGGAGGACAAAGGCGUCAGGCUUGUAGUGCUAUCGGAGGAUAUGCAGAAUAAAAUCCUCCACGGCAAAUGUGAGGGUCUGAGGCGGGACCUGGAGUUGGAAGAGCCAACAAGGAAAGCAGUGAGGUUGGAGGCAAAGAAAGACGGGAGAGAAUCGAGAGAGGAGGAAUUGCAUGAGCAUUCUGAGGUUGAGGACGUGAAGGUAGAGCAUAUGCAUGUAUGGAGAGGGAAUUUACAAGAUGUGAUGAGGGCGGUUCUGGAGACGGAGGGAAGGAAGAGGGGACUAAGGGAGUAUAAUCCUGUGCUAGAUGAGUGGUUGGGUGAGGGUGAGAAUGUUGGCAAGGUCUAUGGGCCAAGCAAUGAAGCAUCCUAG